CAGGAACAACCAAGCAAUUUUAUUAUUUUUGGUCUGACCACGCUUUUUGUUUUGUUGAAGUUGUUGGAUACUAUUUAUUUUAGUAUUCACUAUAAACUCUAUAAAGUCUUGAUAUUUCGCCCGAGUAAAACUACAACUGAAUUUACAGUGAUAGUCUGUACCAUUUUGGGAAUAUGUCGCGUAAAUUUCCGGACAGAUGGUUAGAUUACACCAAAUUCGGCAAUAAAGUGGAGGGAACUCCGUUCAUUGCACUCAAAGUGCCACUGAAUAAGGACUUUUUCACCGAUAAGAAAAUAGAACGAUUUACCCCCGAAGACGUCAUUAAAGAAAUACCUAAUUUAGGUCUGAUGAUAGAUUUAACUUUCACUGCCAGAUACUACAAUCCAGUGGAGUUUGAGUGUGAAGAUGUUCAGCACAAAAAAAUAUAUACAAAAGGACACGAAGUACCUGCCCGUUCAUUGGUUAACCAAUUCAUACACAUAGUUGAUGAUUUUCUGGCCAAAGAUAAGAAUAAAGAUAAACUCAUAGGAGUUCACUGUACGCACGGUUUAAACCGGACUGGUUAUUUCGUGUGUGCCUAUAUGAUCUUAGCACAGGGUCAGUCGCCACGAGUCGCCAUAAAAUUGUUCAAUAAAGCUCGUUCCCAUGCAAUGGAAAGGGCCAAUUACUUGAACUCGCUGCUCAGAUUCAUACCAUUGAGUUACAACGGUGGUCAUAACAAACAAAGUGAUUCUGACCGUCAGAACAUUCACAGAGAUAGACUCAACCGCGAUAGACAAAAUAUAAGAAUAGAGAAACAUAGAAGUCGAAGCGACUAUCGAUCCAGAAGCCGUUCUCGUGACGAUCGACAACAGUUCAAUAAUCGCUAUAACUGCGACCGCUCAGAUCGAUCCGACAACUGGAGGAGAUACGAGUAUCGAAACUAUGACCAUAAUAAUAAGGAUGAUAUACCGCGCAGAACAAAUAGUAUGCGUGUGAAUUGCUUUGGUUACUCUGAUUCUAAAAGUUGGGAAAACAAUGAUUGUCGUUAUAGUAGAUCGAGAAAUCGUGAAGCAACAUCAUCUACAUGGAGUGGAAACGGUAACAAAGAUAAUUAGUGUAGUAGAAGUAAUGUUCAAUAUGGCAGUCAUCUAUGGUGCUAAACUCCAAACCAACCGGAAUCUGUACCUAUUUUUUCGUUCCAACUUGUGUUAUUCAGUUUAGUUAACCUGCAACAAUAAAUUGAAAACAAACGGAAUAUGUUAGGUAAACUAAA